AAGAAGAGGGGAGCGAUGGAGCGCUGGGCGGCGGCGGCCGCUGCUGCUGGCUGGCCGGGCUGGGCCGAGUUCUGGGGGGCCUCGUGGGCCCGCUGGCCGACGUGGGAGCUGCUGGCCGCCUGCGCGGUGAUCGGCGCCCUAGGCUGGAUGCUGCGCUUGCUGGAGAGGAGGCCCGGCGGCCGACGCCACUGCCAAGGCCCCGGAACUGCCGCCAAGGGGGCCUCCUCGUCCGCCGCCGCUGCCUCGAUUCCUCCGCCGCCUGCUGCCGAGGAGGAGCAGCGCUGCCGCGGGAGCCCCCGCCAAGGAACGGUAACAAUGGAUGCUAUUUUAUCACGAUUAAAGCAGCUAACUUCUGAUGAGCUCAGAGAAGAGAUUGUUAAAGCUGGACAGAAAUGUGGGCCUCUUACACUUACAACAAGAUCAAUUUUUGAAAAAAGAUUGGCCCAGGCACUGUUGGAACAGCAAGGAGAAUUAGUGGCAGAAACCUCGCUUUUGAAUGGUGUACUUGGAACUGCUGCAGCUGAUGCCAGCCAACUGCAAACAAAGAAACCUUCAAGGAAUCAAAAUGGUCACAUAGGCUCCUCCGAGGAUGGCGAUUUUGGGUACAGUAUGGGUUUGAACCCACCAGAAGAGGAAGCCCUCAUGCAGAAGGCAGAUGAUGACUCUCUGAUCAGUUCUCAGACUCCAUCUAAGGAGCCUCUGCUAUACUAUGGUGUAUGUCCAGUUUAUGAUGAUAUAUUGGCAAGAAAUGAGAGGGUGCAUAUAUAUGAGGAUAAAAAGGAAGCCUUGCAAGCUGUUAAAAUGAUAAAAGGUUCAAGAUUUAAAGCUUUCACAAAUAGGGAAGAUGCAGAGAAAUUUGCCAAAGGCAUAUGCGACUAUUUCCCAUCUCCAAACAAGCCGUCCUUAUCUUUGUCACCUGUGAAAGUUUGUUCAGUGUUCAACAGAGACGGCUUAUGCUCUCCUGAGAUGGAAACAGUUAGUAAAGAGAGAGCCAACAGUUAUAAAAGUCCUCGUACGCAGGAUCUUACUGCCAAGCUUCGGAAGGCGGUUGAGAAAGGAGAUGAAACAGCAUUCUUGGAACUUAUCUGGAGUAAUCCUCGCUAUCUCAUUGGCUCUGGAGACAACCCGACAAUUGUUCAGGAAGGCUGUAGAUACAAUGUCAUGCAUGUUGCAGCCAAGGAAAAUCAACCUGGUGUCUGCCGGUUACUAUUGGACACUUUGGAAAAUCCUGAAUUUAUGCGAUUGAUGUAUCCUGAUGAUGAUGAAAUAAUGUUACAGAAGCGUAUCGGAUACAUUGUUGACCUUUAUCUUAACACACCAGAUAAAGUGGGAUUUGAUACACCACUACAUUUUGCUUGCAAAUUUGGGAACCCAGAUGUGGUUAGUGUGCUUGCUUCACAUCCAGAUAUUGUAAAGGACCCAAGGAACAAGUACAACCAAACUCCAGCAGAAGUAGUUUGUGAAAGAAGUAAAAAUAAAACCAUGGAUCUGAAAGAGAAAAUCAGGGAAUACUUGAAAGGUCAGUGUUAUGUGCCACUCUUCAGAGCAGAAGACAAUGCCUCACAACCAGUGAUUGGACCACCUGUGAUUGGAGCACCUUGGUCACCUGAUCAGACAGAUGAUAGCCCUCAUGCUUCUUUACCUAGAUAUUUUGGCAGCCCCAAAGAUCCUGUGUUGACAGUAAGGGCUUAUGGAGGCCCAAUGAGCCCUUCUAAGGCAGAAGAGUUUCACAGACUUUGGAAGACUCCACCUAGAGAGCGAGCAGGAUUUUUUAACAAUCUCAGAAAAUCUGAUGUGGAAAGAGGCGUUGAAAGAGUUGGAAGGGAGUUAGCUCAUGAACUGGGGUUCCCGUGGGUUGAAUACUGGGAAUUUCUGGGCUGUUUUGUUGAUCUGUCUUCCCAGGAGGGGUUACAAAGGCUAGAAGCAUACCUGAGUCAACGGGAAAUGAGCCAUAAGGCUCAGCAAGAUAAAGGGGAGAAUGAAACCCACAACAGAUACAAAACCCCACAGCUUUCUGGCAAAAGUAAAAAAAGCUGCAAUUCUAUUUCUGUUGGGGCAUUUCUUGAUGAUGACGAUGAUGAUGAUAUGAGUUUGGAAGAAGUAAAGAACAGGCAGAAUGCUGCCAGAAAUUGCAGCCGAACUGUUGCAUCCAAUGAACCAACCAUCACUGACAUCAGAAGCUCAGAGUGUGACAUCCUGUCCAUUGAGCGGACUGAAAGCAUAAUGCCUACAGCAGAAACUUCUGAUAGGCACUCGGAGAAAGGAGUUCCUGCCAGUAUAAAUGGAUUUUGUAGCCCUGUGACCAGUGAUAGGACAGUAAAUCCUCAUAGGAGGUACCCAAGUCGAGGAGAAGAGUGCCUUCAGUCUCCGGUCUCCAAUUUAAUGGAAGAAUUUGAUAAGCUGUCUUGUCAGGAUCAGAUGGUGGCAGGAGAAUGUUCACCAGAGAAGCCAAGCCAGGCUGCCACAAAAAGCGGGUGUGAGAGUGCUCAGAUGGAAAAUACAAGGCAGCUUAGAAAACCUAAGGACCAUCUCACUAAGACUUAUUCACCGCUUCUCAAGGCAGGUGCAGCUGCUGAGGAUACAAAAAUAAGGACAGAAGAAAAAAUACCACUAGAAGUGGGGAGGCUGUCAGCAGAAACUGAUGUCCAGGGAGGGGAGACAAAACAGUCUUGCAAUUCUGAAUUGCAGUCUGAGAUGUCCUCGCAAUGUCUCCUAAAAGUCUCAUCCUCAAAUGAAAAAGCCAAGCCGCUGUUUCUCAUAGGGGAACAGCCAACAAAGCUGGACAAUGAUGUGUUAACAGCAUUACAUGGGUUAGAGAUUGAUCCACAAAAAUACCCUGCUAUUUACAAGUGGAGUGUGUUCGUUCAGUCCUACUCUCCUUCUGACCGGCAAAGUUGGUCAACUCCAUCACUAAAAGGAAGAUUCAAGUCUCAAACAGCUUCAAGCCCUUCAAGUGGUCUGGCAUGCUGUAGCCCAGGAAAAAGCAGUCCAGUAUUUGGUAGUCCCGGGAAGUACAAUGUAGGUGCUGCCAGCUUCUCACCCGAUUCUGGGAGCCCUGGAUGGUACAGCCCAGCAUAUGUGAACUACGUUAUGUUAUCUAAGCGCCAUCACUUCUAAGCACCCGCUCAUCCAUUAAAUGUGACUCUCUUUAAAAUUUCAGUUAAGUGUUUUUAAAAGGAAGGGGUAAAAUAGGGUGUUGAAACACACAAUGUACCCCAGACUCAUUUUAUUUAUUGUUGUCAGAGAUAAAGGGCUGCUUUUUAUUCCAUUUACCAGAUUAUUGGUGAUUUGCAGAUUAGUAAGUUAAAUUAGAGCACCUGAAGAGAUAAGUAACUUCUAGGUUCUAGGAAAUUCUUUUUCUUGGACAUUUAUCCAUGCCCAUUUUACUAUCUGUACAGUGCUUCUCACUGGGAUCCCUUUCACGGUAGCAACUAUAGACUAAAGGGAACUCAAGGCAAGUUGUCAAGUUUUAAGGUCUUCCAGUUGAGCUCAAAGGAGGAAAACUAUUUUCUAUGUAUGUAGACUGCAAAUUUAUGGUUUGUUAAUUUAUCUAAUUAGAGGUAUUUUAAAAGAGCCAAACAUUUUAGUGUCCUAUGUUCUUAAUGAUAAUUAUCAUGGGGCAGAUUUUGCUGUUGUUCAGGAGGGGGGCACAUUAGCAUUGGCCUUUCAUUUAAAAGUUAAGUUUGUUAGCUACAGGAAAACUAAUUCCCUUUUGGAGACUUCUGGAAUAGAUAAUGCAGCUGCCAUCAAAGUGUCAAACUUUGGGCAGCUUAAGCUUUGACAUUUUGGAAUGAUUCCUUCAGACUUUGAUAAAGUCUGUGUUAGUGGCUGAAUUCACUGCAAGCCUUUUUAGUAGCCUAGAUCUCUACUGCACAUAGAGCUGUUGUGGCUUCCUUAUACCAAGUGUGAGCAUUUUGUAUACUGUUUCUGAGUAUGAUGUUUUGGUACCAAACUCCAGAACUGCACUUAAGAUUCUUCCAGUUUUAUUAGUGCCUUUUGUAACAUUUUUAUCUUGCUUUUUAAUAAGUGCUGUUCUCUUAUGUAAGCAGUAACCAUGUUUAACUUUCCAACACUUUUGGAUGAGGAUUUUUAAGCUGUUCCCUUAUAGUUUAAAGACUUGAAGAGAUGCUGUAACCAUCCAUUUAUUAUUUUAUAUAUUUAAUGUAGGUUGUCUAAAUGUAAAUUACAGAAUAAAUAUUUCCAGAUUGGCUGGGUCUUUAUCAUUAUCCCAUUGUGGAAAUGGGCAUGCAAAUUUACAGCCUCUCUUGGAUGCACCUCAAUUCCCUUACAUGACUAUUCUUUUCUGUAUAAUUUUCCAUUAGAAAUUAGAGUACUGUUCAACAGAUAUACAUAUCGAAGCUGCAUUCUAAUACAGGUUUCUAUGACUUUGACAAGACACUAUAGAAGGAAUUUCUUGACUUCUGUAGUGGAAUAUUUAGGUGCUUAAUUUAGAAGUCAGCUUUUAUAAAUCUGUCACCAUGGUAUAUGGUUAUCUAGGAAGUCCAAACCAACUUAAAAUAGCUUGCUAAAAACACUAUCACUCUGAGGUACGAAGCCUUCCACAAUAUUGAAAAUAAGCUCUCAACACUCACUGAUCUUUAAGCUAAUAUAUAUAUGCCACUGUUCCAAGGCACAGCUGCCCUUACAUGAAGCUCUCUAUGGUGUAUAAAGAGCAUUCUUGCUUAGAAUCUUCAGGCUGUUGGUUUUAAAAGAAAACCAACUUUAAGAAAUUGACAGUGUUUUGUUGUAACUUCUUUGCUUUAUCCUUGUUAUGCAUACCUUUUUGUAUUUAAGAGUAGGGGUUGUAGUGACCAAGUCAUACUUUGAGCAGACCCAAUGAAAUUAAAGGACCUAAGUUAGUCAGGCUCAUUCAUUUCAAUGGGUGUACUCUCAGUAUGACUCACAUUGGAUAUAACCCUGUGUUGCAGCAGCACAAGCCGAUCAGUUUGUAGCACUUGCCAGGGGGGGGGGGGCGUCAAAAGGGUUGGUGUUAGAAACAUAUUAAUGUUUAGAAUUCACACGAGUCCUUUUUGUCAAUGUGUUCAAGUGAAUUUUUAACAAUCUUAUUAAAUUUGUUUAUUUAAAAAG